CCUACUUAUUCGUCUCUCCUCCAUCUUCUCUUCUCUCUUUAGCUCACCACCAUCACCAUCUCCACCACCACCAACAAACCCUUCUUCUCCUCUCAAGUCCCACCAUAUAAAACCUUAAUUAUAUCUCCUCAACUCCAUGGCAGAAGAGCAUCAUCAACCACCACCAGAAGAACAACACGAUCAUCGACCACCAGAAGAACAACACGAUCAUCCACCACCAGAACAACACGAUCAUCAACUACCAGAAGAACACCAUCAUCAACAACCAGAAGAAAACCCUAAUCUCGUCUCAUCCACAACGACCCAUGAAAAACACUUCGACCAUAAAGGCAGAGCCAACCCACUCCGUGCUCUCUGUGCCCUCCUUUCUAUCUUCAUUCUCCUAGCCGGCCUAACCGCCCUAACCGUCUGGCUCGUCUACCGCCCACAAAAGCCCCAUUUCACCGUGGUGGCCGCCGCAGUCUACGACCUCAACGUCACCUCCCCUCCCUUCAUCUCCACCUCCAUGCAGUUCACCCUUGUCACAAGAAACCCCAACAAAAGAGUCUCCAUAUACUAUGACAAGCUCACAUCCUACGUUUCUUACAAAAACCAGAUGAUUACACAGCCAGUCCUUCUCCCUCCCCUGUUUCACAACAAGAAAAGCACGGUGGCGCUUUCCCCUGUGAUGGGUGGGCCAGGGGUGCCUGUCUCUUCCCACGUGUUGAAUGGGUUGACAAUGGAUGAGGCUAAUGGGGUUGUGGGUUUGAGAGUUGUGAUUCAGGGGAAGCUGAGAUGGAAAGCUGGGGCUAUAAAGACUGGGAGGUAUGGGGUUUAUGUCAAAUGUGAUGUUUGGGUUGGAUUGAAAAGGGGGUUUGUGGGGGGUCAAGUUCCUCUGCUGGGCACACCACUGUGUACUGUUGACAUUUGAUGGAUUGAAUCAUCAAUCAUGUCAAGUGUAAGGUGAUGCUGUGAAGCUUUUAAUUUUAUUAAAUUAGUGUAGUUUUUUUUUUUCUUCUCCUGUGAGCUUUGUGCUUC